GCCAUUUUGGGAGCCCACUCAUCCACUAGUGGGCUCGCUGACCAGAAAACUGGCUUCAGCCCGUACAAUACGUGCCAGAGGAGAUACUUCAAAGUUUGCUGUCUAGUAGUUACGAGUGACGCUUGUAAAUGUCCCCCCUGUUCACUUGUGUCAUGCUCCUGGAUUCCAGCCAGGGCUGGGCGUGGCCAGCUAAUCUGAAGGUACACACCUGCGCCUCAUGACCACUGAUUAGACCCAGUACAUAUAGGACCCGGGGGACGACAGAUACUCCGCUAGAUCCUUGCUCUUCAUGCCUCGUUCCCGCACUCCUGCUUUCUCGACUUCUGACCUCCAUGGACCGACCCACGUCUGUUCAUUGACCACCCUCGUAAGCCCGUUCGUACUGGUACUAUGGAUUGUUUGGACUGUCUACCUGACCUCGGACCGAAUAAAGGUUUCCUCUGUACUGUCUGCUGUCUCUGGAGUCGUGCAUUUGGGUCCACCCUUGAGCCCCGCAUCGUGACAACUUGAGCCACAUGACAUAUCUGUUUCUAGUCUACUUCAGCUCUAAACGGUUCAACCACUAGGAGCGGACCAGAGAUAAGAAAUGCCAACAGUGAAUGCUGAGCGGUUCUUCUGCCGCUGGCCAACAAAACCUGGCGUGUAACUCUCUAAAGACUGUAGAAAUGAUUGUCGACUUCAGGAGGUUUCUUUCACCACAGCUGCCACUCACGCUGUCCAUCUGUCUUGUGUCAAACGUUCUUGGGAAUUACAGUCUCACAGGACCUAAAGUGGGAGACAAACAUCAAAUCCAUUUUCAAAAAAGCCCAACAAAGGAUAUACUUCUUGCAGCUUCUGAGGAAGCACAGCCUGUCCCAGUUUUACACAGGGCUCAUCUAAUCAGUACUGUGUAGCUCCAUCACAGUCUGCUUCGGGGCUCCCACAAAAAAUAGGACAAACUCCGACUGCAAUGGACAAUCAAAACCGCUGAACGGAGUGUCGGCAUCGUCCUACCCACUCAGAAGACUUGCAUGCCACUCCAACUCGGGUCAGAGUGGGCAGGAUCUUUUCAGACCCGGCACAUCCUGGCCACCAGCUCUUCAACUCCUUCCGUCAGUUGCACAUUGAGGAAGAUUUUCCUUCGACUGUCGGACGAUUUUCUCACGCUCUUGUUGAAAAAGACGUCAACCUCAUCCCAUCUUUGCUUGUGACUGGAAGACUGAGCUCCUUUCCAGGCCAAUAGUGGCGGCCUCCUGUUCACCUGUGAAUUGGGUUUGUGCUGAGCAGACAUGAAAGCAUGAUGAACUCAUUCAAUGUUGAUUUGUUGAACACGUCAGUCAACAAUCAGAUGCGUGUGAAGGCAAUGUUUUUGGAUUCAGUGAUGACUGAAAGCAGCAGCGUUGAACAAAUGGAAGUCAUUCAAGUUGUCUACAAGCGCAUCGAGCUGCAAGGUGGGCGGAAAAAAACCUGAAAAUGCGAUGAAGCCGCGAUACGGCUCAAGUGAGUCACUGUAAACCAGGUCAGACUCUGACACGCUUCACUUCCUGCGUCAAGCACCAACCUUCUCUGCAUCGCUCGACCAUCAGUUGGUGAAUGGAUGGAUGAUGGAAUACACAAAGGUGUUCUGGUUUUGUGCUCAACCAUGUCUGUUCCUAUUUUUCUCCUGACCAUCCUACAUACAGACAGUUACUGAGGUCCGUGGCACACGUGCAACGUUCUCCAUCACAUCGCGUCACAUCGUAUCUCCUAUCCAAACCGAUGAAUCUUCUUGCUCAUUUGGAACUUAAUGCACAAAAAGCUUUGGAAAAAAACGGGACAUUGCUCAAACCACCAUUUGCAUCACUGUACGAUGAAUACACAUUGGGAGUGGAGCACCUUACCCAAUGCUACGUCAACAGGAAGUGACCCCAAGCUGUGGAAGUAAGCCGGUUUUGUCUGCGGGGGUUCUGGAAGGCACCGUCCUUUCAUCCUGAGCCGGAACCUGAUGAGAUGAAAAGCAAACACUGACCUAAAACCUUUCAUCUGUGUGAAAGUGGGUCGAGCGUCGUGCUUCGUCACGACGCCUGGUCGACCCGUGCGGUUUUGCAAGGAAGUUAAAAGAUGACAUCAGCACCCACGAAUCAGGAUAAAGGUCCGGAGGAAUGACACGGUCUUUUCAUUCGCACACCUCAACUCCCAAGGAGCCCCGAAAACGACAGGGGAAGAUUCCACCUAACGACGAGAAUGUUUUCCACGCUAAACGGCGCCAUCGUGACGGUGGUGACGACUAUGAUGGUGGUGAUGACGGAAGGCGUGGUCAUAGUGGAAGCAGACGGCCAAUCAAAAUCGUCAUUGAAGAUGCACAACAAAACGCGGGAGGCACCGAUCGAAACCGUCGCCCUGGAGCUCAACCUCGACGUCCUUGUUUCUUCCAAAACAUUCCGACCGCUGCACAAUCACUCCACCUCGCCGUGGACGUACAACGUGUCCCAGGACGCUUCAGUCUUCCCUCCCGUGUCUGAGGCCCGUUGCGUGUUCCACGGCUGUCUGGACUCGAACGGCGUGGAGGACCGGCGGCUCGAGUCCCGGCCCAUCCUGCAUCAGGUCCUGCUGCUGCGCCGCCUCGAGACGCCCAGAGCGCCAGAGCGACGGGGCGCUCACCGCUACCACUACCGCUUGGAGCCACGCCUUGUCGCCGUCGGAUGCACGUGUGUCAGACAUCAUCAGCGACAACAGCUCUGACCAAAUC